UGGUCCUAUUCUGGAGUCAUUUCGCACGCUCCUUCACGUUACCAUAGCAAUGGAGAGGAGGAAGUGGGAGACGACACUCACACACUUUCAGGCGCGUGCACGUGGAUAUCUGGUGAGACGGGAAGUAGGUCGUGCACGUGAAGACUUUGAGGACAUAGUGAAAGAGAUUGAUGGAGGUCUGAGGCACCUGCAGUGGACGAGCACGGUUAUCCCCAUCCCUCACUUCACAGACCCUGAUGACCUGUUUCCACGUCCUAGCAGCGAUGCCAGCAAGGCUUCAGAUCCAGGACUCGAUGUCGGCACCUGUCCACGGAGAUCGAGAACAGCGCCAUCACGGGACAGAGAGGAAGCUCAGACUCUCCUUUUGCAGAAGACAGAGGCUGAGAGAGAUGGGUCAGAGACCAAAGGCCGAACCCAUAUUUCCAGUGGCUGUGACGGAGACGUGGGGGUCCCUGGACAAAGGGAGCAGGAGGGAGAUCAACAUGAAGAGGCAGGGGACAGCAUAGGAGACUCCACCACCAUCUGGAGCAGUUUGGAGCUAGAUGAGAACCACAGUCACUGUCACCAGGGUCCCCGGCAGUACUGCUUGGCUCAGGAGGUGCCACGCACUCCGGAGGCCCUGCGUCUCCAUAGAAACACGCUGACCAUGGAGCUGGUCUGGCUUCAACAGGCCAUUGAAAGCAGGAAAAAGUACUUAUCCCUGAAGGACAGACUGACCAUAUCCUGACAGCACAAGGCAUCUGUAUGAAGUUAAUAAUAUGAGACUAUAGGCCGGACAUCUGUCCAUCACCAGAAGUCACUGUGAUAUAAUCAGUUUAAACAGUUUUUACAAUAAUUUAAAGAAAUUAUUUAUAAAAAAAGUUUGUCGUAUUUUUGAUUAAACGUGUUUGUUUUUUGUGUAAAUAAAAAAAUAAAAAAUGUUAUUUUUCUGAAACAGUUUCUCUUUGGUGAUAUUUUUUAGUUGUCAGUGCACUAGUUUAACUUAUAUUGUCCUUGUAGCAUGAGUUGCAAGAGGCCAAGGUAGUUAACUAUUGUGUAGGAAGAAGCUCUAUUGAAAGGAGCUCAUGGGAGGAUCCGUGGCUCUAAACAAGUUUGUGUCUAGUGUCACAGAAGCUCAAAUUUCCCAUGUAGACGAUGGACUGCAAUGAAUGAGCGCCUCACUCAUCACAGGGCGCUCAUUCACACCAGAGGCUCCUAUUAAACUGCUGUUGUCAUAUGCUGUUAUUGUCUUAAAGGUUAAAAAGUAUCACUAAAGGUUAAAAAUAUAUCCCAAGAGGCCCUUUCCUCCAAAAGAAGCCUUAUUUUGAUUGU